AUGUUUUUCCUUGCUGCAUCUUCGUUUACGUGCUUGCAGUGGUUUUAUUUCUCUGCGACUUUGAUUGUCACCGUACUCGCCGUUCCGCUGCAUUCUUCAACCAUCGUGGCGAAAGUGAGCACUAUCUCACCACAGACCCGAGCAGCUCUGUAUAUAGCGCGCAUAGACUCUGAGACGGACCAGAUCAUUCCCCAUAGGAUGAACCACAAAAUCACGCCAUACAAGAUGAGUGAAAAAUGGGUUCUCUUCAUGCCGGGUGACCCAGGUUUCGAAGUUACGGUGCAGAAUGGAGAGGUGAUUCCUGUUCAGCCCCCUCCCGUGGAACGUCCACCAUACCAGCGUGGACUAUUCGCCGCACUGGGUAUGUCUGUGUAUUUCACGGAUCUGGCCCAAAGACGCGUUGUCGUGCAAAAACUGCGCGAUCUCAAGUUUCCGAAUGCACACCCUGAUAUAGCUAACGGGUCACAAAUAAAAAUUUCGAUCAUGUAUGUCGACGCGAUGCUCAAGUUACUAAUGGAGGAAGAAAGUAGGUAUUUCGAUCUGGUCAAACACGAGCAGAAGACAAAGGUUCUUGCUGGGAUAACUCCACAGUGGGCACAGAUGAAGAAUGAAAUGGAAAAAGUGAUUUUGGCAGAGGUAGUGGAGGCAGAACAUCAGAAGAAUCGUGUAAAAUGUUGGAAGGAGAUAGUUGGGAUAUAG